AUGGGGUCAAAGUCUCCAGAAGAUCAUCGCCAAGGCCCAGACGGGUCGUCGGCGGACGCUGCAAUCGCUAUCAUCAACCCUCCCAAGCCAGCAGCCGCUAGCGGACUGCUUCCAGGCGUACUCGAAGGGCAGGAUGAAGACGGAGACGACGACGAUGAUAUCGCGAAGCUUGGAGCUGACGUGAAGAACAACGAUGGCGCGAAGAAGAAAAGAAAGCGCAACAAGAAAAAGAGUAAAAAGGUGUCACCGACACAGCAGACAGCGCCCCCGAGGGUGCCGCUAGCCGAUCUGUACCAGGGCCAAAAAUACCCGCAAGGUCAGACUGUCGAGUAUGCCAUCAAGGAUGAGAACCUUCAGCGUACCACGGCUGGAGAGCUUCGUCAUCUGGCCGCUGUGGACAACAUGGAUGAAGACUUCCUUGAGGACUAUCGCAAGGCUGCUGAAGUCCACCGUCAAGUGCGCCAGUACGUACAGACUAUCGCGAAGCCCGGCGCGUCUCUCACCCGCAUCGCCGAAGAGAUUGACGACAGUGUUCGUACGCUUGUUGGCCACCAGGGUCUUGAGACUGGAGAUGGUCUCAAAGCUGGCCUCGCCUUUCCAACAGGCUUAUGCUUGAACAACAUCGGCGCACAUUGGACUCCUAAUGCGGGAGCGAAGGAAUUGUUCCUUCAAAACGACGACGUCCUCAAGGUCGAUUUCGGCGUGCAUGUUAACGGCAGGAUCGUGGAUAGCGCUUUCACUGUGGCUGCCAAUCCGAUGUAUGACAACCUACUGGCUUCUGUCAAGGCAGCUACCAAUACAGGCUUGAAAGAAGCAGGCAUCGACGCAAGGAUCGAUCACAUUAGUGAGAUGAUUCAAGAGGUCAUGGAAAGUUACGAAGUCGAGCUCAAAGGGAAGACCAUUCCCGUGAAGGCGGUGCGUAACAUCACCGGCCACAACAUCCUACGUUACCGUAUCCAUGGCGACAAGCAAGUUCCCUUUAUCAAGACCAAGACUUCUCAACGCAUGGAGGAAGGCGAAAUCUUCGCGAUCGAAACCUUCGGUAGCACCGGCAAAGCGUAUCUUCAUGACGAUGUUGGCGUAUACGGCUACGGACGCAACGAGGGCGUCAGCGCUGCCGGCCUCCAUCAUUCGUCCGCGAGAUCGCUAUUGAAGACCAUCGACGAGAACUUUGGGACUCUGGUCUUUGCUCGCCGUCAGCUUGAACGUUUGCCGCGUGUGGAGAAAUACCACCUCGGUAUGCGAACGCUGGUGAACAGUGGGAUCGUCCAGGCAUAUGCGCCGCUGGUGGAUAUCCCAGGGUCAUUCAUUGCGCAGUUUGAGCAUACUGUUUUGCUCAGGCCCAAUUGCAAAGAGGUUGUCUCUCGGGGUGACGACUACUAA